CGCCAUUUUCGCCCCAGAGGUGCUUCUGGGAAGUAGAGCGCGGAUCCACACGCCUGCCCGCUUGCCAGGUACGGCCUCUUGUGCCGGGGCUUUUAGUUCGAAGUGUUUGCGCCUGCCGCAGCUGCUGUUUUACUCUCCGCACUCUCGAAACCCUCUAGUCGAGCGGGAGCUUCUGAGCAUCGGGCCGCACCAUCGGGGGGUCACAUCGCCAGGAAGGAGGUGACGGGGGUGGCGCGGGGCGCGGACACUCCCCGCCGAGAGCCCGCCUGCCAUGGAUUCGGAAUAUUACAGCUGCGACCAGUCAGAUGAUGGUGGCGCUACCCCAGUACAGGAUGAACGGGAUUCAGGGUCAGACGUUGAGGAUGAUGUAAAUGAGCAGCACUCUGGAUCAGACACUGGAAGUGUAGAACGUCAUUCAGAGAAUGAACCUAGUGAUCGAGAGGAUGGCCUCAACAAAAGGCAGCAUGUGACAGAUUCUGAGAAUGAUGACCCCUCAAAUCUUAAUGCCAGUGACUCUGAAAGUGAGGAGCUUCAAAGGCAGAAGGACAGUGACUCUGAAUCUGAAGAGCACGCAGAGCCUCCUGCAAGUGAUUCUGAAAAUGAGGACACUAAUCAGCAUGGGAGCGACUCUGAGAGUGAGGAGACCAGGAAGUUACCUGCCAGUGACUCUGAAAAUGAGGAACUUCUUAAUGGGCAUGCAAGUGACUCAGAAAAUGAAGACGUUAGAAAGCAUCCUGCCAGUGAUUCAGAAAUGGAAGAGCUCCCCAAAAGUCCUGCCAGUGACUCUGAAACAGAGGAUGCUCUAAAACCUCAAAUCAGUGACUCUGAAAGUGAGGAACCUCCACGGCACCAAGCCAGUGAUUCUGAAAAUGAGGAGCUUCCCAAACCUCGAAUUAGUGAUUCUGAAAGUGAGGAGCUUCCUAAGCCUCGGGUCAGUGACUCGGAAAGUGAGGAGCCUCAGAGGACUCAGGCCAGUGACUCUGAAAAUGAGGAGCUUCCCAAACCCCGUAUCAGUGACUCAGAAAAAAGUGAGGGUCCCCCAAGGCAUCAAGCCAGUGACUCAGAAAAUGAGGAGCUUCCCAAACCCCAGAUUAGCGAUUCGGAAAAUGAGGACCCCCCAAGGAACCAGGCCAGUGAUUCAGAAAAUGAGGAGCUUCCCAAGCCCCGAGUCAGUGACUCUGAGAGUGAGGAGCCUCAGAAGGGACCUGCCAGUGAUUCUGAAACUGAGGAUGCCUCCAGACACAAACAGAAGCCAGAGUCAGAUGAUGACAGUGAUGGGGAGAAUAAGGGAGAGGAUACAGAAAUGCAAAAUGACUCCUUUCAUUCAGAUAGCCAUGUAGACAGAAAAAGGAUCCAGAGUUCUGACAGCGAGGAAGAAGAACCCAAAAGGCCAAAAAUUGACAGUGAUGAAGAUGAAGAAAAGGUGGGGGAGGAGGAGAAAGUAGCGAAGCGAAAAGCUGCUGUCCUUUCUGAUAGUGAAGAUGAAGAGAAAGCAUCAGCAAAGAAGAGUCGUGUUGUCUCUGAUGCAGAUGACUCUGACAGUGAUGUUAUAUCAGACAAAUCAGGCAAAAGAGAGAAGACUCUAGCAUCUGACAGUGAAGAAGAAGUAGGGAAAGAAGAGUUGUCUGAUAAGAAAAAUGAAGAGAAGGAUCUGUUUGGGAGUGAUAGUGAGUCGGGGAAUGAAGAAGAAAAUCUUAUUGCAGACAUAUUUGGAGAAUCUGGUGAUGAAGAGGAAGAAGAAUUUACAGGUUUUAACCAAGAAGAUUUAGAAGAAGAAAAAAGUGAAACACAGGUAAAAGAAGCAGAAGAUUCAGAUUCUGAUGAUAACAUAAAGAGAGGAAAACAUAUGGACUUUCUGUCGGAUUUUGAGAUGAUGCUGCAGCGGAAAAAGAGCAUGAGUGGCAAGCGCAGGCGUAACCGUGAUGGUGGCACUUUUAUUAGUGACGCUGACGAUGUAGUGAGUGCCAUGAUUGUCAAGAUGAAUGAAGCUGCUGAGGAAGACAGACAGUUGAACAAUCAAAAAAAGCCAGCACUGAAAAAAUUAACAUUAUUACCUACUGUGGUCAUGCACCUUAAGAAACAGGACCUUAAAGAAACAUUUAUCGACAGUGGUGUGAUGUCUGCCAUCAAAGAAUGGCUCUCCCCUCUACCGGAUAGGAGUUUGCCAGCAUUAAAGAUUCGAGAGGAGCUGUUGAAGAUUCUGCAAGAGCUACCUAGUGUGAGCCAGGAGACCCUGAAGCAUAGUGGGAUUGGACGAGCAGUGAUGUAUCUCUAUAAACACCCCAAGGAAUCAAGGUCCAACAAGGAUAUGGCAGGGAAAUUAAUCAAUGAAUGGUCUCGGCCUAUAUUUGGUCUUACUUCAAACUACAAAGGUAUGACAAGAGAAGAAAGAGAGCAGAGAGAUCUAGAACAAAUGCCUCAACGACGGAGAAUGAACAGCACUGGCGGUCAGACACCCCGAAGAGACCUGGAAAAGGUGCUAACAGGAGAAGAGAAGGCUCUCAGACCUGGAGAUCCUGGAUUCUGUGCCCGUGCGAGGGUCCCCAUGCCCUCAAACAAGGACUACGUUGUCAGACCUAAGUGGAAUGUGGAAAUGGAGUCAUCCAGGUUUCAGGGGACCUCCAAGAAGGGUAUCAGUCGACUGGAUAAACAGAUGAGAAAGUUCACAGAUAUCAGGAAAAAAAGCAGAUCUGCACACGCAGUGAAAAUCAGCAUCGAGGGCAAUAAAAUGCCAUUGUGACCUUGCCUGGGAUGUGUCCCCAUCUCUAAGAAAUGCGCAAUGGACUCUUUGGAGAAAGAUGAUAUUUUAAAAAAUUUUUUAGUGUAUCUGUAAAUGGUUCUGCUUAUAUCAGAUGUCAUAGGAUUCGCAUUUCUCUCACUUGUAUUUAAAACUGUUUGUUGUGUACUUUGUACAGAAGAAUACUAGUCAUACUUCUAUAAACUUUACACAAUAAAGUUUCAUUCUGGU